GCGAUCGGAAGUACCUUUUGCGCAACAAUGAGAGUCACACCGUUCGUGGCGAUCUUAUCGAUCUUCAUUCAAUCCGCUUUCAGUGCGAGUGUUUCCCCAAAGCUGGACUUUGCUUCGGAAUCCAUGGAGGAGGAAUCUCCGGAGAUGUCAUCAAAGUUCUAUGGAGUUCACGUGAUUGUGGACACGUCGAAGUUGAAGCGAACAAGUGAUCAAAUGUCCGAUGAGAAUCGGGAGAAGAAUGAGAAAACCAUUGGAAUCCGAACGGAUAUAACAUUUGAGAUUCCCGCCAAAAAGCCCAAUGGGACGGAGAAUGUGACCAAGAGUACGGAGAAUGAGUCCAGUGGAACGGGUGAGGACGAUGGGGUGCCAAUUUUCAAGGGGCGUGACUCAGAUGCACCACCACAGCCGAAACCACGAGAUUGGAAGCCACUCUUCCUUCCCAACAACUAUGAGGGCUUCUGGACAACGGAGAGGAGCUUCUUCCCGCGCAAUCGGCAAUUCCAUCAGGCACGCAUGAAGCCCCCACGACCCUUUGUACCCUACAUGAUUGGCCAAAAUGAGAAAGUAGCUGUGAAGCCCAUCUUCAAGCCCUGCCACUGUGACUCCUUCGAGAGUGAUGCGAGCUUCAGGAGUCGCAGCACCGAGGAGCAACCUCCCUUUGGGAACAUCUACUUUGUACCUAAAGAAGCUUCAGUUGACGAUAAGCUCGAUGGGAGCUUUAAAGUUCAUUGAGAAAAAAUGCAUUAG